AUGAUUAUUUCGAUAAAUCUACAGAAGGAGCUGAAGGCAAAGAAGUUAAAUAGAAGCAGAUAUGGAGUCAUGAACCUUUCAGAUGAUGUGGAGUCAGAGGAAGAGAAAGAUGUUAUUAAUUCACCAAUUCUUUCCUUGACAAUUUAUCCUCCGGUGUCAGAGAAACUAAACCCUCCAAUUACGUUUACUUUUGAACAAGACUCGAAAAAUUUCACCCAUCCUACGUGCGUAUUUUGGUCAUUUCAAAGUGGUUCAGGACCUGGAUUCUGGUCUACGGAUGGCUGUACAGUCAACACUACAAAUGAGAACUUUACCGUCUGCCAGUGUGAGCAUCUCACUAACUUUGCUGUUUUAAUGAGCCCCUUUAAGGAGGCUGAUGCCACAUCCGAUGCACUCCGGAUUAUUUCUAUGGUUGGUAUAGGAAUUUCGAUUGCAUGUUUAAUUGUCACGCUGGUUCUUCACUUCUGUCUGUGGAAGUAUUUACGAAAUGAUCGCACCACAGCUUUGAUGAAUUUGUGUGUUGCUCUUCUGUUCUCCUACAUUAUAUUUCUGGCUGGGAUUGACAGAACAGAAAGUACUGCUGCAUGUGCUGCAAUAGCUGCCGUUAUACAGUAUAUCUAUUUGGUUGUGUUUUGUAUCAUGUUGGUUGAAGGCAUUGAGAUAGCUGUGACAGUUCUUUAUGUGUUUAAAACGAAGUCAAGAAUCAAAAUCAUGCUUGUUCUCGCUUGGGUGAUUCCAGCAGUAAUUGUUGGAAUAUCUCUCGGUGUUUCCAAACUAGAAGGCUACGGAAACGAAAAUUUUUGUUGGCUGACUGCUGAUAAUGGUCUAAUCUGGGCUUUCGUUGGACCAGCUUUAGUUAUUAUCACCUUCAAUGGUAUAUGUCUUAUCAUUGAUAUGCGUGUAAUGUUCCAGACAAAGUCUACGGAGACAAAGACGGCAUCGGAGAAAAUCAAAACAAGUUUUCGAUCAUUGUGCGUGCUGGUUCCAGUGCUGGGUGUGUCAUGGCUUAUUGGAAUAUUCUAUAUCAACGACAGCUUCUAUUUCAUUCAGUAUAUCUUCGCAGUAUUAAAUGGACUGCAGGGACUUUUUAUCUUUUUAUUUCACUGCCUCCUCAAUCCUCAGGUCAAAAAGGCUUUGAUGCUUCGGGAAAGAAGGAGGUCGUCCGCAAAAGAAACGUUAAAGUCCACAUUUAGAAGUACAUCUAAGGAAGAGAGGAAGCCAAAGAACCUUAGAGGUAAACUCUUUUAUAUGCUAGUGUUACGACUGUAUUAUUUAGAUAUCUGA